AUUUUCAAUACAAAUCUUCGUGAUCAACCAUGUUAUGGUAGUCAGGUAGGAGGAAAUACUGGCUCUAGAAGUAGUGGAUCUAAGAGAGUCCGCGAGAGUGAUGCAAGUGAUUCCAACUCUGUAGGAUCUAGUGUUCGCCCAAUGGGGAGGGAUGCAGCUAAAAAAAGGGUAAAAAGAAAAGAGAAAGAGUUGGAACGAUUGGACAAAAUAGCCAUGAGGCAAGAAGAGGCUAACCAUUUGUUGAAAGAAAGUACUAAGGCUAAGAAGAUGAAGAUGUUUAUGAAGCUAAGUUCAAAGGAGCAUCUCGAUGAUCGGAGCAAAGUGUUGUUGGAAAAGUUGGGUCGCGAUCUGUUUGGAAAUUAAAUGUUAUCAAGUCGUUGUUUGUAUUUUGUCACUUUCUGUCUUAUCUAUUA